AUGGCCAUCAUGCCCUUGCCAGCGCAAUGCCUCAGCAUGCGGCUGAAGAUUGUUGCAGACGAGUUCUCGUCCUGGGCUGCCUACUUGCCAAGGUCCACGGAUGAAUCAAACAGCAACAAGGAAGCCCAGGCCACGCUCUCGGAUUUUGUUGGCACACAGGUCACAGGGCAUGUUUGGCAGCUCUCGCUCCGGCAGCGUGGUAGCCGGGCUGUGCAGGAGGCAAUCGAGCUCUGUGGUACCGACGACGAGCGCGAGGCUAUUGCGAGUGAGCUGGCGGGCCACAUCUGGGAGGCAGUGAGAUGCCCUCAUGCAAACUUUGUGGUACAGCGCCUGAUUGUAGCUCUGAAGCCCAGCGCAUGCCAGUUCAUCAUUGACGAGAUCAUGAAGCCUGGAUCGAAGAGUGUUGGCUACCUCGCCAGGCACAAGUAUGGUUGUCGGACUUUGCAGCGUCUUCUGGAGCAUUGCUCCCAACAGCAAACCCUUCCCAUUGUGGAGGGGCUUUUGGCAGAGGUAGUGCCCCUGUCGAGGCAUCCAUACGGCAACUAUGUGGUGCAACAGCUAUUUGAGCAUGGCAACAGCGAGCAAAGGGCCUGUGCGGUUCAGAAGCUGGUGAAGAAUGUGGUCCUAGUUGCUUCCGACUGCAACGGCGGUGCUGUGCUAUUAAAGGCCAUGAUGAAUGCUUCAAAGCAGGAGCAAGCACACUUGGCUCAUGCCAUGGCAACAGAGUCUGGCUUGGUCCUAUCCAUUGCAAGGAGCCGGUACGGCCAUGCGGUGGCGCAGCUGGUCUUCAGCGCUUUGAGUGAACCCAGCCGCAGCUUCUUGACACGUGAGCUGAUGGCGCCUUCAGAGGAGCUGCGCGCAUCAAGGUAUGGCCGCUUGCUGCUAAACAGCUUGGCUGGCAGGAGUGUGGCGAGCAGUGAGCCUGACGAUUCUGAAUAG